CCACUUCCUGGUGGGCGGUGCCGGGCGGUGCCAGGCGGCGGAGCUGGCUUGGUCUGCGCGUCCCGCACAGGCUUGCUCGCGGGUCCCGAAGCCGCGGCGAGCGCCGGCUGAGGCUUGGGCGCCGGGUGCCGGUGCGCUUGUAGGGGUUGCGCGCCGGCUGAGGCCGCCGCUCCGGGAAGCGCCAUGUCCAAGCCGCCUCCCAAACCGGUCAAACCAGGGCAAGUUAAAGUCUUCAGAGCUCUCUAUACCUUUGAACCCAGAACUCCAGAUGAAUUGUACUUCGAAGAAGGUGAUAUUAUCUACAUCACUGACAUGAGUGAUACCAACUGGUGGAAGGGAACCUGCAAAGGAAGGACUGGGCUAAUUCCAAGCAACUAUGUGGCUGAGCAGGCAGAGUCCAUUGACAAUCCAUUGCAUGAAGCUGCAAAAAGAGGCAACUUGAGCUGGUUGAGAGAGUGUUUGGACAACCGAGUGGGCGUCAAUGGCUUGGAUAAAGCGGGUAGCACUGCCUUAUACUGGGCCUGUCACGGGGGUCACAAAGAUAUAGUGGAAGUGCUGUUCACUCAGCCGAACAUCGAGCUGAACCAGCAGAACAAGUUGGGAGACACAGCUCUGCAUGCUGCUGCUUGGAAGGGUUAUGCAGACAUUGUCCAGUUGCUGUUGGCAAAAGGUGCAAGGACAGACUUAAGAAACAACGAGAAGAAGCUGGCCCUGGACAUGGCCACCAACGCCGCCUGUGCAUCUCUCCUGAAAAAGAAGCAGGGGACAGAUGGGGUUCGAACUUUAAGUAACGCUGAGGACUAUCUUGAUGACGAAGACUCAGACUAAUUCCUUCUGGAGCUGCUUUGAGAUUUAAACUUCCUUUGCUUUUGACAUUCCAAAACCUCGUUUUUGCCAGAAGAGUAUUGAUAACUGUUUAAAAAAAAAAAAUCUAUGAAGAUGGCAGUGCCACAUUGUGAUGGAGCAGAACGUGUUCAUGGAUGGUUCUCACAUGGGGCUGACGAUAAGAUACAGGACAUGUUUAUGUUCACCAGAGUAGAACAAAAAGAGAUUAUUUCUAUUUAUCAAGCUAAAGGAGUUUUAAUAUUUUUUUUCUUUAAAAAACAAAUCAGGAUUUUUUUUUUUUAAAGUUCUUUACCUCAAGGAUUAAGAUAUUUUGAGUGGGAUUUUUCAAGGGGAAAUGCUUAUUAUAGUAGUUCAAAACACAAACAGAAAUUGUCAGCUAUUCUGACAAAAAUAAACAUUUUAAGAGGAUUUAUUCUUUUGUCAGUUUUUGUGGUAUCAUUCACCUUUGGUAAAUAAAGCUUUUUAUACUUGAGUAA